AUUGACACCAACUGGGUUAUGCGCAUCGUCUGCGAGGAUCCUAGGGUGGCAGGGUAUAAGGGAGACGGGGGCUGGAUGGCGUGCAGUAGAACAGUGCUGUUUUGCUUGCUGCGCGAUGAGCUUUUGGAAGGCGGCUUCGCUCUUGAGCCUUUUGGUGUGCUUGGUAGGAUUGGUAGAUCCAGUGAAGGCCAUCAAGGAUGACGAUGGCAAUCCUGUAAUUAUUGCUGGCUUCAGGCCCAAAGUAUGGCCUGCUGCCGUAUGCGCUGGCUUGUAUCUUGUCUCGGGUACACUUCAUUGGAUACAUUAUUUCAGGACCGGUCGACCGCGCUAUAUGCUGACCUUGACAAUCAGCAUGUAUACAACUGUACUCGGCUUCGUAUUCCGUAUCAUUUACAGUCAAGGCGAUAACGUCUACUCACUCCCAUGGUAUCUCCUACAAAGCAUUUUCAUCCUACUCUCACCCUGCGCCUUCAUCGCAGUGGACUACAUCCUCCUCCAGAAGCUCGCCGACAGUCUAGGCGAAGAGGCGGCGAAGGACUGUCUCUAUCUGCGCUCCUCCCUAAUCGUCAAGCUCUUCGUUUGGAGUGACUUUAUUACCUUCAAUGUCCAAGCCGAUGGCGCGGGUUUAGAGGCAAGUGACAAGUUGGAUAAGAUCGGCAGUAGUAUCGCGCUAGCCGGCCUCAUCCUGCAAAUUCUGUCUUUCCUAUUCUUUACGGCGCUGCUGUUCCGCUUCGGAUGGAGGGCCCGCACUGCACAUCCCGAAAUCUGGAGAAUAGGCGCUGGAGAGUCGUACUGGAAGGACUUUGGCUUCUUCAAGGUCACGCCCUUCCAAGACUGGCGCAUACUAUGGGUCGUGAUGUGUCUGACCACUAUCGCCAUCAUCAUCCGUUGCAUCUUCCGCAUCGUCGAGUACCAGGGAGGUUCGCGUGGAUACGUGAUGAUGCACGAAGGCUACUCUUACGUCCUUGACUCGCUACCUCUCUGGAUCGCCAUGACGCUCUACGCGUGGCUCUGGCCAACACGCUUACAGACUGUGGUUUCGAACCCAUACGCGAUGCAGCCGCUUACGGACGAGGGCCGCAAGGCGACCCAAAGCCCAGGUCAGCAGGGCGAGAGACAAGAACAGUCGUCGUAGAGGAGCUCCGCCCAUGUAUAAUCCCUCUGCGAUGUUUGCAUUAUAUAUCACCGCGUAAACGGACUUUGAUGUACUUAGAACAGAACCAGCCAUACAAUGUCUAAUGAGCGAAGCAUCCAUCAGCCAAAUCGUCCUUCCAUGCCUUCGUCGUAUUGGUAUUGAUGUCGCUGUUGUC